CACCAAAAAGUAAACAGACUUGUUUUGAUCUGUCACUAAAUCAAAUGUCGCUCUGCGAGUCAUUUUACUGCGGAUUCAGUGUCACGGCGGCUGAUACAAUGCCAUAAAACGGUUUGUUUGUUUUUCUCACGAAGUCGUCUUCCAGCGCGUGUUUGUUUGGGUUGUUUCAGCGGGCAGCUCUAUAUUUAUAGUGCGUUACAUCAGCUAGCAGGCUAACCAGCUGAUAGCUCGCUAGCUCAUGUUUUAAGUUGGUUCGGGUAAGCAGCGGAGUGGCAGCUUGCGGAUAAUCCAUCACACGGACCGUGUUGGUUAAUACGGCUUUACGGUCGCUGAAAACACUGAGUAAAUUUGGUUUAAGUGUGUAAAUGUGUCUUGUGGCAGUGGCAUCUGAAACAAGCGUAACCACCCUCUUCUAGCCGCUAGCCGCUCCUCCAAGCAGGACUCCAACUUUGUGUUUCACUUUUAGUUUUAAAGCAUGUGAGGUUGCACUGUGGAGCACGCUCGUGCUGCUGGACAGACAGGAAAAAGGAAAGAAAAAAAAACAAAAACAAAAACAAGGCAAUGAAGCCCGAGUGCGUCGCCAUGGCUGAUAACGGGGCGCUGAGCCCGAUGGGGGGACGCGCUGGCUCCUCAGGCCGUCCGGGCCGACAGACGUACCGGAGUUCAGCCCACUUCCGCAGCGUGCUGGACGGCCUGCUGGCGCUCAGACAGAGCGGCAUCCUCUUCGACGUGGUGCUGGUGGUGGAGGGUCGAGCCAUCCAAGCCCACCGCAUCCUGCUGGCUGCGUCCUGUGAUUACUUCAGGGGCAUGUUUGCUGGAGGCCUUCGGGAGACUAAGCAGAAGGAGAUUCCCAUUCAUGGAGUAACUUACAACGCCAUGAAGAAAAUCCUGGACUACAUCUAUACAUCAGAGAUUGAGCUGGACCUGGAGUGUGUGCAGGAAGUCCUGAUCGCCGCCACGCUGGUGCAGCUGGAGAAAGUCAUUGGCUUCUGCUGCGACUUUCUCGUCUCCUGGCUGGACGAAAGCAACAUUUUGGAGGUGCACAAGCUGGCCGACCUGUACGGACUGCAGCAGCUCAACGCCAGGCUGCACUCCUACAUGCUCAGGAACAUCCAGACUCUGUCUCGGACCGACGUGUAUCGGCAGCUUCCCGAAGAGGAAGUCUUCAAAGUCCUGAGCAGCAACGAGCUCCAAGUGAGCUGCGAGAACGAGGUGUACGAGGCGGCGCUUCACUACCACUACAGCCCCGAGCAGGUGGAGACUGACCAGGUCUACUUGCAGGUCAGUGAGAAGGACAACCUGAAGAUGCUGGACGCCGUGCGCUUUUGCCUCAUUGAGAGGUCGGUGUUGCAGAGGCUGCACGGCAGGCUGAACCAGUGUCCGCUGAAGGACUCGGUCUCGGCCGCUCUCCGCUACCACGAGCAGGAGGUGUGGCAGCCCGUCCUGCAGAGUCCGCUCACCCAGCCGCGCUCCACCUUCAGCUGCAUCAUGGGCUUCGGGGGGAUGUUCUCCGCCUCCUUCGCCGACAGCGAGCACCUGUUUCAGGUUUACCACCCGAGCUGGAGCGAGUGGAGGACGCUCAGUGCGGCGAGCACGCCCCGCAUGUCCAACCAGGGCAUCGCCGUGCUCAACAACUUUAUUUAUCUUAUUGGAGGGGACAAAAACACCAGUGGCUUCAGAGCAGAGACCCGCUGCUGGAGGUACGACCCUCGCUGCAACAGCUGGUGCUUGAUCCAGCCGCUGCAGCAGCAGCACGCAGAUCACUGCGUCUGCGUUGUGGGCGGCCAUAUUUACGCCGUCGGCGGGCGGGACUACAGCAGUGAGCUGGACUCGGUGGAGCGCUACGACCCGCACACCAACACCUGGGAGUUUGUUUCCCCCCUGAAGAGAGAGGUGUAUGCCCAUGCUGGAGCAGUGGUGGAUGGGAAAAUGUACAUAACCUGCGGGCGCCGGGGAAUGGCGUACCUGAAGGAGACCUACUGCUUCGACCCCGCGGCCAAUCAGUGGACGGAGUGCGCGGAGGGACCGGUGGGGCGGGCGUGGCACGGCAUGGCGGCGCUGAACGGACGCGUCUACGUCAUCGGGGGAAGCAACGACGAGCGCGGAUACCGCCGGGACGUCCUGAAGGUGGCGUGCUUCGACCCUGCAGCCAACUCCUGGUCUUUAGUGACUCCUCUGCCCGCUGGGCACGGCGAGCCCGGAGUGGCCGUGCUCGGCGGUCGGAUCUACGUCCUGGGAGGACGCUCGCACGACAAGGGCAACAGGAUGAAGUACGUUCACGUGUACAACGCCAGCGCGGACGAGUGGGAGAGCGGGACCGAGUUCAAGGACCGGGUCUCCGGGCUGGCGGCGUGCGUGGUGCUGGUGUCCCCCGCCGUCAUCGCUCAGGCCCGGAGCUGGGAGCAGCGCACCAAGGCCUCAUGGGAGGAGGUCGACAUGGACGACUCGGAGGACUCCAGUGAGGACUGAGGCUGCCGCGCCGCGCCGAACACUCUCAUGCACUUUUCUCAUUCAGCACGCUGAGUUUUCUGCACUUUCUUUGUGGCAUUGCUUCCGGUGGCAUCGUGUCGUUUUUUUUUUUUUGCAUGUUGAUCACUUUGAGUGCCUCUGAACAAGAACACCAUUCAGGACAUUUCCACACUUCCUGUUCUUUCUCAGAACCGAUCAAACCAGCUGUGCGUUCCUGUGUUUCACUGGAGAACGGUGUGUGUUCAGAUCCUCCUCUGCCUGUUCAGACUGUCCGAGCUCGCCCUUCAUCAUCUUCUCCUCACACUGGAUCUGCUUCUGCAGCCUAACAGAACUUUUCUACAAUCAAAUUACUUAAAGCGUUAAAAGAGUACCGGCUAUGCAACAAACCCCCCCGUAGUUUGGAGUAUUUUUAGCCACCUUUGGGUUUUUUUUUUCCUUUUUCACCACAUGAGCGUCUACUUACUUUCGUCCCUUUGUCAAACUGAGCAGCUUUUUGAUUUUUGCCAAGAGUUACACUGGAUUUAAUAUCGCGCUCAAACUGCUCGGAAAACAAUAAUCGAAUCAGAAUUGAACGUUCAAACAUUGUGCCUUUAUUUGUGGUUACGUUCUGAGCCCGUAGGUUACUGUGCCUCUGUUAUCGUCACUUUGUGAAAAUGCAGAACUGAUUCACGUUGGCGUCUGAACAAAACUCACGCUGCGUCGUGUCGCUGUGAAGUCUUGACAUCUGUGUCCUGAAAUCCAAACCGUUACUGUAUCUUUAAGCCCCGUCCGUCACCGGUUAUGGUUAAACUUAUUCGACAUCCAAAGCUUUGCUCCACGUCUCUUUUUAGUAACUCUUUUCACAGUGAUUUAUCGAGAAGAAAAGGUUAAAUGAUCACCAUCACCACUCUGCUUCCUUAAUUUGUUAUUUAAUCCAAUACAUGCAGGUACGGGAGCUAUUUAAAAAGUUGGAAAAUUGGAAGAAUGCAAUUUAUUGGAAAUGUUGUGAAACCAUUAUGCAAAAUUAAUGUACACAUUUUUAUUAAAACCAGAAAAGGGUA